AUGGGGUCAGUUGAAGAUGAGUUCCAUUUUAUGAUGAUAUGCCCCUCUUAUGCUCCACUAAGAGCCAUAUUCCUUAACCAGGUUAAAGAUAUACUGGGCAGUGCAGCCCCUGAGUCCAUCAGUGACCUUUUUAUUACCCAGAAAUACCUAAAUCACCAUCCCGGGAUUAGGACCCCUUGCGCCAUAUCAAAUAACAAAAACAAGUUUAAAUCGAAACUUGCCUUCAAAAAGCGGGUGACCUGUACAUUAUUAUGUAAUACAGGUGAGCAUUUCGGUGAGAGGUGUUCAGGUAGGACCAAGGUCAGUAGAAGAUGGAGAAGACAGAGGUUCUUGAGAAGAAACGCACUUGCCAAUGAGGAAGUGAGGGGCUUAUUGCAGCUGUCCAAAGGUCUGAACAAGUCCUCAACAAUGACUCCCAACUGCUGUUUACCGGGUGAUUGGAUGCGUCGCCGAUCAAAGACAUCAGAUUCAUGUUGGACAUCGCCUGAGCCCAUGCCAAGAUUGUCUCGCUUGUUGAAGUUUGUCUUGUAGUUUAUUUGCAGGGUUGACAUUUGAUAUGAAAUGUAAUCUUUGCCUUGGAUAGUAAUAUUCUGCAUAAAAUUUGUAUAAAAUAAUUGUUGUACGCAGCAAGAAUUUUUAACGAAACUUCUGAUCAGAGAAAAAAAAAAGAAAUGAAUGGCGUCGACCCUGCAUGUCGCUGGUUAUAUAUGAUACAUUCUUUCUAAAUCGUAGUACAGUACUCUAUCCGCUCAUAUCGUUUCAAGGUAUUUUAUUUAUUAUGUAUAUUUAUUAUUGUGUCGGAAGUAAGUACCCAUCAAUUCUCAAACUUAAAUACGACACUUUUUGGAGUUCACCUUUAACAAAAUAAUUUUAGUGCAAAAGUAUUUUGCUGAAAUGAUGAGUGAAAACAAAAAUGAUAGUUAUCAAAUAUUAUUAUUAUUAUUAUUAUUAUUAUUAUUAUUAUUAUUAUUAUGCGAUUUUUAGGUAGAGUACUGCGCCAGCCCUAUUGAUUUUCUAGUUGAAGGUAAAAAAUUGUCUGUGGGCACUUAGCUGUGCAUUUGAAGAUAUUUUAAAUAUUUAUUUUGAAUCAAAUUGAAUUGAAUUGAAUUCUAAGAUUCCGAUAAGAAAAAUAUCUCAACUUCAUUACAUGAAACUUUUGAGAGACAAACGGUUUCAUACAGUGACCGUUAAGUUUGAGAAAAGAACAAGUUGUUAAUU